AUGGGCUGCUGGGCUGUGCUGUUUUUAGUGGUAGUACCAGUCUUUGGACAAAAUGAGUUGUUUAAACUAAAUAUCAUUCAUUACAAUGAUUUUCACGCUCACUUUGAUGAAAUAUCCCAAUCAGGUGGAACUUGCGAUGCCGCAGCACCAUGCUUGGGCGGGAUUUCUCGACUUGCCACAGCUAUAAAGCAAGCUCUGGAAGAUGAACCUGACUCUCUGGUUCUUAAUGGAGGAGACACCUUCCAAGGGACCGUAUGGUACAAUAUUAUGAGAUGGAACGCUUCUCAACACUUCAUGAAUUUACUACCUAAACAUGAUGCACAUGUUCUAGGUAAUCACGAAUUCGACCACGGCAUAGAAGGAUUGCUGCCAUAUUUGGAGCGUUUAGAAUCAGAUAUGUUGGGCGCCAACGUUAACACAACGCUGGAGCCAGAGUUGGGGCAAUAUGUGAAGAACUAUGUCAUCGUAGAAAGAAAUAAUCGCAAAAUUGGUAUCAUCGGUGUUUUAUUGACUGCUUUUACAGCUGAUACUGGUAGGGUGGUAGUAGAAGAUGAACUAGAAGCGAUAAACCGAGAAGCGGCGAUUCUGGCGGAGCAAAAUGUUGAUAUUAUUAUUGUUCUUUCUCAUAUGGGAUAUUCCAUGGAUCAGGAACUAGCGGCUAAGAUGUCACCAGAAGUGGAUAUAAUAGUGGGAGCUCAUAGUCACACACUUUUAUUUACCGGUGACGCUCCCUUUGGUACACCUGGCGGAGAUUAUCCUACUGUCGUCACGCAGGAUGCCGGACAUCAGAUACUAAUAGUGCAAGCGUCUGCCUAUACGCGCUACUUGGGUGACAUAACGCUUUUCUUCAAUGAUGAAGGAAAAAUUGUCUCUUGGAAAGGUCAACCUAUAUACUUGGGGACUUCCAUUAUUAAGGAUGCCCGCAUGGAAGCAGAAUUAGACAAGUGGCGAUCUGAGUUGUAUCCGAUCAGUAGGGAAGUCUUGGGGCGAUCUCUGGUGGCUCUUCGACGCAACUCGUGCUACGGGGGAGAGUGCAACCUCGGCAGUUGGGUCUGCGAUGCCUUUUUAGACCAGAUGUUGCCGCUUGCGCAGGGUUCAUAUUGGAACUUCGCGCAUCUCUGCUUGCUAUCUUCCGGAGGUCUUAGAGCGAACAUAAACUCUGGAGAUGUCACAACUGAGGGACUCCUCAUGGCGUUGCCUUUUGAAAACAAAUUACAAUCGUUUGAGCUGAAAGGGAAAUACUUGUUAGAAGCCUUGGAAUACUCUGUAUCCGCUGUACAAACGAACCCUAAUAGUUUUUACAGCUAUAGAAUGCUACAGAUUGGUGGUUUGCGAAAUACAUUCAACGCAUCAGCACCAAGUGGUUCUCGUCUGAUAUCCUCAAGAGUUCGUUGUAUAAACUGUGAGGUUCCGAAAUAUAGUCCAGUCGACCCUGAAGCCACUUACCGAGUGAUAACUCAAGACUACCUUGGUAACGGUGGCGGUGGAUAUUCAGCAAUAACCAACAACAGAGAAAAUAUAGAGGAUUAUGGUUACGACUAUGUCGCUCUACAGGAUUUCAUGCGAAAAACGAAAAUUUUCUUCCAAGGUAACGACGAGCGAAUAAAAAUGAUUUAUAAUAAUUAA